AUGGAUAAACAACAACACUUUGCUAUGGCCUCCAAUGACCCUGACCUUUCUGACCCGCCUGGUGACCCCCAGCCAGGUGACCUCAUUGAGAUCUUCAGACCAGCCUAUCAGCACUGGGCUCUCUAUCUGGGAGAUGGAUACAUCAUCAACUUGACUCCUGUUGAUGAGAGCCAGGCCGCUGCCAUGUCCAGUGUGAAGUCUGUCUUCAGCAGGAAAGCAGUGGUCCGCAUGCAGCUGCUUAAAGAGGUGGUUGGAAGCGAUUCAUAUCGGGUCAACAAUAAAUACGACCACAAUCACACUCCUUUGCCUGUAUCCGAAAUCAUCGAGAGAGCGCAGGUGCUGAUCGAUCAGGAGGUGUCCUAUGACCUGCUGGGAAGUAACUGCGAGCACUUUGUUACUCUUCUGCGAUACGGGGAAGGGGUCUCUGAACAGGCUACACGGGCCAUUGGGGCCAUCAGUUUGGUGACAGCCGCAGCCAGUGCCUUCUCAGUCCUGGGACUGAUCAACACACGAUCCAGGAACAGGCCUUUCUGA